UUACGGGCCUGUGACCCUCUGUUACUUUAGCAUUGAUGGUGGACUUUCUAUUUGAAUUCUAUGGCAUUGUCUGUCAUAGUUACUGUUGCUUGACGGCAGUAGUGUUGUUGCCAAGGCAACCCUUGAGAAUUACACCCCCACCGUCCUCGGCACGAGUUGGAGCAAAUUAGGAACUGACCGAAGCCAUCACAGGAAAAGAAAUGUCAUGUAAAAAUCACCGAUUUAAGUUAGCCAGCUAAAUCAUUGUCCUACCAAAGCGACACCUUCCUACAAGGUUGAGCAACAACAUCGCCUCAAUCGUGCAGUGGAGCUCUCAUACGGAAGAUGGAGUGUCGCGCCUGUAUCUCUAAUCUGGGUGAAGAAGUGAUGGACAGGUUGGCCAAGAUGCUGGAUAACGCCACCUGUGGAUGGAGGGAGCUGGCUGCAGCUGUGUCUGAGCAGCCGAAAUUUCACUGCAGUGAAAGGGACGUGACCAGCUGCUCGCUGCAGGUGUUGAGUGCUACAGGAAGCCCAGGACGCAGCCUCUUGGGUCUGCUGGCUGAUCGAUGCUGCUCCCAGGGCUUCCUGCUCCGCUGCCUGAAGAAGAUCGGCCACCAGGAGGCCGUGCAGCUCCUCGCUGCGACAGAAACGCAGCCCGUCCGGGUUACAGCACAUCCCAAGUCCCUGCAGUCGCCACUGGGCAGCAGGGUGGUGUUGGCAUGCGGUGCCUCUGGACCGCCUGGUCUUAGUUACCAGUGGUUCAAAGGCAAAGAGGAGGUUUGGGAAACGACUGGAAUCACACCUGAGCUGGUUCUGUGUCCUUUGGGCCCUGAGCACCAGGGUUCUUACAUCUGUCGGGUCAGCCAUGGAGACACCUUCUGCUUCUCCCAGUGGGCUCGGGUGCGCUUGGUACACCCGCCGGUCGGAACCAGUCCAGGCCGUGGUAGCUGCCUGUUUUCAGGGUCGGCCAGCGGCCUGCGUAUCGUCUACCAGCCUCAGUCCCGAGCCGUGUCUGAGGGUGAUGCGCUGCUUCUGAAGUGCACCGCCGUGGCCAACCCCCCUGCCCAGUACCAGUGGUACCACAACUCCGCUCCCAUGCCACAAAACAAAGCGCAACUACUCCGAAUCCCGAGUGUGACCACAGCACACAGAGGCCAGUACAGGUGCAAGGCAUUCAACCUGUAUCAUGAGGCGUGGAGUGACGCUGCAACUGUCACUAUAGGACCAACUUCCAUCACGGAUGUGUCGUGGGUAGAAGUUGAUCACGGCAUAGAAUCCCAUCAAGUGGAAAGGUCAGUCAGCAGUGCAGGAAGUCCUCCACCACCAGCCAACGCUUUCUAUGCAACCGACAAGGUGGCUCUCCUGAUGGGAAACCUGAACUACCGACACCUCAGCGAGCUGUGUGCUCCCAUGGCCGACGUUCACCAGUUAAGCAACCUACUCAGGCAAAUGGACUUCAAGGUGGUGUCUCUGGUGGACCUCAACUGGCAGGAGAUGCACAGCGCCGUCACUGAGUUCCUCCUGCUCCUCGGCAAAGGAGUUUAUGGCUUGCUGUACUUUGCCGGUCAUGGCUAUGAGAACUAUGGCAACAGCUUCAUGGUCCCCAUCGAUGCUCCGGCCUCCUACACGUCAGAGCGCUGCUUGUGCGUGCAAAAUAUUCUCACUCGGAUGCAGGAGAAAGAGACGGGACUCAAUGUCUUCCUGCUGGACAUGUGCCGCAAAAGAAACCCAAACGAUGGAGUGGCGGUCCAGUCUGGAGAGGUGAAGGUGACGGCCAAUAUCGUGUUUGGCUAUGCCACAUGUGUCGAUGCAGAAGCUUACGAGGUGAAGAGGGAAGACGUGUCCAAUGGUGUCUUCAUAAGCUUCCUCAAGCACCGUGUUUGUGAUGAGGAGAAGGUCACGGUCAUGCUGGACAGGGUGGCGGAAGACAUGGGGCGUUUUGAAAUUACCCGAGGGAGGCAGGCUCUGGAGCUCCGCAGUAAUCUGUCUGAGCCACGUUCCCUCACUGACCCCAUUCACACUCGGGAUUGUUCUGCAGCCUGUUCAACCCGGAACCUCCAGUGGGCCGUCGCUCAUGUCCUCCCAGAGAGCCGUUUCAUCCACUUUGACUGUGGUGUGAAGGUCCAGCUGGGGUUUGCUGCCGAGUUCUCCAACAUCAUGGUCAUCUACACACGCAUACUGGACAAGCCCAAAGAAAUAGAUUCAUGCUCCGCUCAGCUUGCUGACUUCCCUCAGGAGGUGGACAUGGACCUGAAGAAGAGCAAUCAGGAAAGCCUGCUUGAAGCUGGCAGUCUGCUGUUAAUCCAGGAACAUCUCCCCUCACCAGAACUCCCCAGCCUCUACACUCGCAUUCGAAGCCUGCAGAGACUGAAGAAGGAGCUGACAUUCAGCGUAUGUCUUCAUUACGUUUACUCCAACAUGGACGAUGAAGUAGAGGAAAGGCGAGCGGUUACAGUCGGCAAACCGCUGGUCUCCAAACUCAACCUGCAUGAACCGCGACCUCCUCACGCAAGCUCCGCCGCUGCGUCCUUAAGCCUCGACCCGUGCGGCAACUCGAAGGUCUCUUCUUUGUCGGAGGACUCUUGUGUCUCCGAUACAUGCUGACUCUGACACAUGGAGGCACAAGCCUUCCUGUUCAGCAUGAAAGCUCUCAUAUUAUGCCUGGAAGGGAGUAUACAGUAGGAAGUGGCUUGUUGUGCUGUGUUACACUUUAAUAAGCCCGACUGGAAACACGCGCUGUUGUCUGGAUGCUGCCCCAAUGCUAAUGACUUGCGUUUGUUUGUCUCCUGGAACUUUUUACAUACCGUACUACCAGGGACUACUAGGACCACAUUGGGAAAAAAUGAUCUGAGACUUCAAGAAUAAAGUCAUAUAUUUACGAGAACAAAGUUGUAAUUAAAAAAUUUAAAAAAGUUGUAUUACGAAACAAAAUUCUUACAUUUAUGAGAAAAAGUCGUAAACUUUUGAGAAAAUAGUUGAAAUAUCAUGAGGAAAAAAGUCCUACGCUUACGAGAAUAGUCGUAAAUUUAUGAGAAAAAAGGUGUAAAAUUACAAGAAAAAAGUCAAACAUUUGAGAAAAAAUUGCUACAUUUUAUGAGAAUAAAGUUGUAAAUUUAUAAGAAACACAGAGUUGUAAUAUUACGGGAAUUACAUGAAUAAAGUCUUAAAUUUACGACAAUAAAAUUGUACAUUUACAAAAAAAAGGUGUAAAAUUAUUGGAAAAAAAGUCAAAAACCUGUGAGAAAAAUGUAUGAGAAUAAAUAAUAUUACUAAAAGUUGUAAUAUUACGAGAAUUAGGUCGUAAAUUUACAAGAAAAAAGCUGAAAUAUAUUAAAAGAAAAAGUCUUAAGUUUACAAGAAUAAAGUUGUACGUUUACGAGAAAAUCGGUGUAAAAUUAUGAGAAAAAAGUCAAAAACCUGUGAGGAAAAAAUCGCAAAAUUUUAUGAGAGUAAAGUUGUAAAUUUAUGAAAAAAAAACUCUUAAAUUUGAGAGAAUAAAGUCCUCAGUUUACGAGAAAAAAGGGUCUAAAAUUAAUUUAAAAGUCAAAAACUUAAGAGAAAAAAAUGGCAAAAUUUGACGAGAAUAAUGUUGCAAAUUCAUGAGAAAAAAAACAUUUACGAGAAUAGUCACAAUAUUACAAGUCGUAAAUUUACCAGAAUAAAGUCGGAAAUGUACAUGAAAAAAGUUGUACAUUGACCGUAAAAAAUAGAAGGAGAAUGAAGUUCCAGGCAUCGUCUGAGACAGCUAUGAAAAGGGGGGACUGGUGUGGAGGGGGCGGGGUAAGGAAGGAGGAAGUGAGAUGAUGCUAAGCUAUGCUAAUGUGUUUGUACUCCGCUGCUACCUUGGAAAUAAAAGCUUGCCUGAAGUGAGGAGAACGUUUCCUUCCUUCCUGAAGAGCUAUGCUGUAUUUUCCCUCUCAUACGUACGACACCAUCAUAUCAACACUUUAUUCUGCUAAAUGGACCACUUUCUUCUAGGAAACGUAUGAUUUUUUUCUGGUAAACGUACAACUUUAUUCUGGAAAUGAUUGAGUGAUGAUGAUUCUUUCAGUGUGGCCACUGGUAACGCUGCUACUGUUGUACCAUAAGCACGAAAGAAUCCAGCGUGUCUGUCGCUGACUGACCAGCGCUUGGCGGAGCUCCAGGGAGAGAAAUGGGUCUUUUUAUCCAAGCAAACAAAAAAUGGAUUUUCAAGCAAAACAAGCAUUAUUCAGCAUGCUAGCUUAGCGCUAUUGGCUUGUGGUCUUUGGUCGCUUCUGAG